GGUCAGAGGCUGCAGACAUGGUGCAGGAGAUGUUCAGAGGCUGCAGAUAUAGUACAGGUGAUGGUCAGAGACUGCCGACAUGGUACAGGAGACGGUCAGAGACUUCAGACAUACUACAAAAGACGGUCAGAGACUGCAGACAUAGUACAAAAGAAGGCCAGAGACUGCAGACAUGGUACAAAAGACGGUCAGAGGCUGCAGACAUAGUACAAAAGACGGCCAGAGACUGCAGACUUAGUACAGGAGACAGUCAGAGGCUGCAGACUUAGUACAGGAGAUGGUCAGAGGCUUUAGACAGUGCAGGAGACGG